AUGUUCCUUUUCUUCAAUGUGCACGUGGAUGUGUAUGCAUGGCUGCACAUGGAUGUGUAUGCAUGGCUGCACGUGGAUGUGUAUGCAUGGCUGCACAUGGAUGUGUAUGCAUGGCUGCACGUGGAUGUGUAUGCAUGGCUGCACGUGGAUGUGUAUGCAUGGCUGCACAUGGAUGUGUAUGCAUGGCUGCACGCGAAUGUGUAUGCAUGGCUGCACGCGGAUGUGUAUGCAUGGCUGCACGCGGAUGUGUAUGCAUGGCUGCACAUGGAUGUGUAUGCAUGGCUGCACAUGGAUGUGUAUGCAUGGCUGCACAUGGAUGUGUAUGCAUGGCCGCACGUGGAUGUGUAUGCAUGGCUGCACGCGGAUGUGUAUGCAUGGCUGCACGUGGAUGUGUAUGCAUGGCUGCACGCGGAUGUGUAUGCAUGGCUGGACGCGGAUGUGUAUGCAUGGCUGCACGCGGAUGUGUAUGCAUGGCUGCACGCGGAUGUGUAUGCAUGGCUGCACGCGGAUAUGUAUGCAUUGCUGCACGUGGAUGUGGACUCCAACGCCUUUGCCAUGGAUCCUCCUCCCACCGGCGCCAUUCCUGCUGCCAUCACUGACCUCACCACCCUUCAAUACCUCGAUCUGACGUACGGCAUUAACCUGGAGGGCCCCAUGCCAUCCCUUGCAUCUCUCACCCGCCUUACCCACCUGUACGUCUCACACCCUCCUCUCCUCUCCCAUCACCACGCCCUGGGAGCAGACGGCUGCUUGCUCACCGGCACUGUGGACCAACUCUCGUGGCUCUCCUCCCUCUCCGCCCUGCACUUAUUGCGGCUGUCUGGGUUGUCGGAAUUCACAGGGGAGCUGACCUCCUUUGCACUGCUCUCCCACCUCCACCACCUCCAACACCUGCGAGUGAUCAACGACGAGCCAAGGAGGCAGGGAGUGCUGCCAGAAGGCCUUUCAGAGUUGACAGCACUCACUCAACUGUCCCUCUUGGGGAACAACCUGGAAGGCGCCCUGCCCAAAGGCUUCUCCACACUUGCCAACCUGGCUGUCCUGGACCUCUCAUCAAAUUACCUUUCCGGAUUGGUGCCUCGAAUCUUCAACAGCAACAUCCAGUCUAUAUGUGCGUGCAUUGGCCUCCCAUCAUCUUCCCCUCUUCCGCCCCUCUUCCUUUCCUCUUCCUCCCCUCUUCCUCCCCUCUUCCAACCCUCUUCCUCCCCUCUUAAUCCCCACUUCCUCCUCUCUUCCUCCCCUCUUCCUCACCUCUUCCUCCCCUCUUCCUCCCCUCUUCCUUCCCUCUUCCUGGCUGCAGGGAGUUGUUCAGCAAUCGGUUCACAGGAGGCGUUCCCCACACCUUCACCAGACUCACCGCCAUUGCAUCCCUGUAUACACGGAUAG